CUGUGGCGAAUGCAUACGGAGGAUUUCAACGGGGGGGAGACAGUUAAUGCUAACUUUUAGUCUGACGCCGCCAUUAUACCACCGAAGAAGCACAUCCCGCCCUCCUUCUCGAGUCUUUUCUUCUUCUUCUCCUCGAUAUCAGAAAUCAUGGAGACCACAUCUGUAUACAUGUGCUUCCCCUGCUACCAGGAGUUUAAUACUCUAGAAGAAGUCCUUCAGCACCAGUUGACAUGCACCGUUGAAGAGGAUCAAUCUAGCUCAUCUGGACCUGCCCCUGCUAAUGCUCCAGUGGUGCAGACACAGCAACAUGUAAUAAACAUCUCCAGGGCCGCUACGAUCCAACAAAGCGAUAGACCAGAGAGCGAUGCUCCUCAGACGGAGGGUGACUCACUUCAUUCCCCCGUGCACAACAUUAAGAAAGAACUUGAAGAUGGUGCGGAAGCUGAAAGGCAACAAACAGACCAGCCCAGAAUCCUCUACCAGUGUGGGGAUUGUGAUAAACUUUUCAAGAGCCUUGAAGAGUGGCAGAAGCAUCGCAGAGAAGGGAGCUGUGAGCAAGCUGCCUUGAAGGCCGCGUUGGAGUCACAGGUGGAGCCAGAGAUCUCCACAGCUGACAACCAGGCUGCCUCAAUUAAUACAGAUGAUGCUUCCGUCUCAAACAGUGAAAGCAGCCAGGCCCUUAAAUCAUUAGAAGAGGGAAUUGCUGCAGAGGCAGCUGAGAUGAAGGCUGCAGAGGCCUCCUCAGCUCAGACUUCAGAUGGUGUUGCUGCUGAGGUGCCUGCUUCAGAUGAUUCAUCUCCAAGGAGGAGAGGGGUAACCAAAAAGCCAAAGCCUGAGCCGGUGUUGCUGUGUGUGGAUUGUGGCUUGUGUUUUGGUCUGGUGUCUGAGCUGGUGUCCCACCGCAAGACCCAGCACGGCUUUGAGGAAGCUCUGCACCGCUGCUCUGUAUGUGGAGAAAGCUUCUUAAACACCACGCUUUUCCUCUAUCACCGAAAACAGCACAGGCAGAAGGGUGAGGAAACGGUGGCGGCGGCCCCUGAGGUCAAAGCAGCGGUUUACACCCUCAACAACGGGAGCAAUACUCAGGAUUCAGCUUCUUCCUCUAGCUCUGUGAAACCCACAUUCACACAGCCUGAGCAUUUCUUCUGCUCCCAGUGUGCCCAGGGUUUCAAAGAUGGUAUAAGCCUUGCUUCACAUCGUAAGGAAAAGCACAGCCUCACUGCACCUCUUCAUACUUGCUCCCACUGUGGGGAGGAGUUCAUGAACACAACUCAUUUUCUGUACCACUGGCGUCAGCAUCGUUCCACCACAAUGAACGCGGCGGCUCAUGAGGUCGAAAUAAGUGAUGGAUCAGCCAACGCCACGUCUGAGGGUGGCGCACAAAGCUCAAAGAAACGGCUUUCCCCCCCUGCUGGAGAAUCUGGGUCCCCCCUACCUAAGAGAGGUCGGCCUUCAUUUAGGAUUGUUAGUGCUAACGCCCAACAAGGAAACAAAGCGGCCAAAGAUGACUCUGAGGGCAGCGCUGCAGCUGACGUGAACAACACGAACCAACCUCCACCUGCCAAGUUGCUGCAAGACUGGGCCAGAACACCGCUGCCCCAUGUUUGCCCUUACUGCGGCAAAACCUUCACUCGGCGCGUCUUCCUCCGCACCCACGUCUACAGCCACACCGGAGAGAAGCUCUUCACGUGCAAGGUGUGCACAAAGUCCUUCACCAAUUCCCAGAGCCUGCUGCGACACAGCAUGAACCACACGGGCAACAAGCCCUUCUGCUGCGACGUUUGUGGGAAAAGCUUCUCGCAGGCAACCACCCUGAAAAGACACCAACUCAUUCACACGUCGACGGAACCUCCGCGCAAGAGAGGCCGCAAACCAGCAUGUAACGUGGACGCUGAUGGAUUUGCUUCUCUCUUUCCUUGUCCACACUGUCCAUCACACUUCAGCACUGAAGAACAGCUUAAUGAUCACAGAUUGCUCCAUACGAGCCAUCCAUUCCCUUGCCCUGAAUGUGGAGAGGCCUUCAAACGCAGGAAGGACCUGGACCUUCACUCUCUCAUACAUCAAGACAAGCAGCCAGUGACCUGCCCGCACUGCGCGUCACAGUUUAUCAACCAGUCAGUGCUGGACAUCCACCUGCAGCGGUGUCCUGUCACAGAGGAGGACAGGAACACCGGCCGUGGACGUGGACAAGGCCGUGGUCGCUCCACUGGACAGGUCGAGUGUGACCUCUGCGGUCACCGCUGCAUGACCCAAGAGGGCCUCGAUCUCCAUCGUUUAUCCCACACGGGCCAGACGCCGCUCAAGUGCCCAGUGAGGCCCUGCCGCCGCAGAUUUACCUCCAACAGCGCCCUGGAGGAGCACGUGCUGGCCCAUUUCCAGGGAAAGCUCUCCAAGUCCAAAAGCCGACCACGCUUCCGCUGCGAAAUCUGCCUCAAGGAGUUUGCAUACAAUUCCACCUUCAGCGUUCACAUGAGGACACAUACUGAUGAGAGACCCUUCGAGUGCGCCACCUGUGGGAAGCGUUUCCGCCAGCUGCCCCAUCUGCAGGACCACGAGCGGAUCCACUCUGGUCUGCGGCCGUUCUGCUGCUGGAUCUGUGGAAAGAGCUUCAGCGUGGCCGCCCGUCUCACCGAGCAUGCCCGCACCCACAGUGGCGAGAAACCUUACCCAUGUCCCCACUGCCCUGCCGCCUUCCGCUCUCGUCCCAAUCUGGACAAACACUUGCGCCAACAUGGAGACAUUCCCCCGGAAGCAGUCGAGCAGGUGGUGCAGGCCGCUGAGGUCGCUCACGUGCAGAAGGUGUUGGAGGGGGCCAAGGCACUGUCCAACCUGACCACCACUACAGAGCUGGAGUCUGGCACUGUGCAGACCAUAUAUGUGCUACAGGAAGGUGAAGAAGGCACAGAGACGGUGAUGAUCCCCUCUGAUCAGCUCGGUGGCAUAGAGGGAACCUCACAGGUCGUCAUCCUGCCCUCAUCUGUUCUAGGAGGUCAGACUAUUACAGUUCCCUCCAUCGCCAUGGAGGAGAGUGAAAUCACUAUGGUGGAAACAAGCCAGUCACCUCAACAUGCAAUCGAGUUCAUUGUGGAGGAGACUGUGUAAAAGAAACUACAAGACUCUUAGGAAUUGAAGAGUUUCAAAAUGAGUAAUUUACUUAAAUUUUGUUGGAUUCUUUAUUCACUUAAACAUUUAUUGGUAAACCCAGUAAAAACUUGUAAAAAGCAUAAAACAAAAGGCAGCACAAUCCAGCACUUAAAACAAACU